AUGUCGAGCACUACAGGGCAAGUCAUUCGUUGCAAAGCUGCAGUGGCAUGGGAAGCAGGGAGGCCGCUAGUGAUAGAGGAAGUGGAGGUGGCGCCGCCGCAAAAAAUGGAAGUCCGCCUGAAAAUCCUCUUCACUUCCCUCUGUCACACUGAUCUCUACUUUUGGGAAGCCAAGGCCCAAAAUUCUGUCUUUCCUCGAAUCCUUGGGCAUGAAGCAGCAGGGAUUGUCGAAAGUGUUGGAGAAGGCGUGACAGAACUGGCGCCGGGCGAUCAUGUUCUCCCUGUAUUCACCGGAGAAUGUAAACAAUGUGCUCAUUGCAAAUCUGAAGAAAGUAACAUGUGUACCCUCCUUAGGAUCAACACUGAGAGGGGAGUAAUGCUUAAUGACGAACAAUCUCGAUUCUCAAUCAAUGGCAAACCAAUUUACCAUUUUGUCGGAACAUCUACCUUCAGCGAGUACACUGUCGUCCAUGUUGGUUGUCUUGCAAAAAUCAACCCUCUUGCUCCUCUCGACAAAGUUUGUAUCCUUAGCUGUGGAAUCUCCACAGGUCUCGGGGCAACUCUGAACGUUGCUAAACCAACGAAGGGCUCGUCAGUGGCUGUUUUCGGAUUGGGAGCUGUUGGCCUUGCAGCUGCGGAAGGCGCCAGAUUGGCUGGUGCUUCAAGGAUAAUUGGUGUUGACCUGAACUCGAGCAGAUUUGAAGAAGCAAAGAAAUUUGGCGUGUCUGAAUUUGUGAAUCCAAAAGACUAUAAUAAGCCAGUUCAAGAGGUGAUUGCUGAGAUGACUGAUGGAGGAGUGGAUAGGAGUGUUGAAUGUACGGGAAACAUCAAUGCCAUGAUCUCAGCGUUUGAAUGUGUCCAUGAUGGAUGGGGUGUUGCUGUUCUUGUGGGCGUGCCUCAUAAAGAUGCCGUCUUUAAGACACAUCCUAUGAAUGUCUUAAAUGAAAGAACUCUGAAGGGAACAUUCUUUGGAAACUAUAAACCGCGCUCUGAUCUUCCAUCAGUUGUUGAAAUGUACAUGAACAAGGAGCUGCAACUCGAGAAGUUUAUCACUCAUGAAGUACCCUUUGCUGAGAUUAACAAGGCGUUUGACUUGAUGUUGAAAGGGGAAGGCCUUCGUUGCAUAAUCCGAAUGGAUUGA